AUCCUGGUGUGUUGGGUUCUCAUCGACAACGUGCCCCAUUCCUUUGCAGUCCCAGAGAAGUGGGAUUAAGGGAAGGUACCCGGUGAGAGAAGCAACUCCUUUUGACAUUUUGAUGGCCAACAUGUGUUAAGAUGGACAGCUCUUCAGCACACACGUUUCUAGGGGCCCCGAGAAGUCAGCAACUGUUUUUCACUAACCCUAAAUAAAUGAACACUAACCCAAAUGGAUGUCAGAAGGUUUUUCAGCGGCAGAAGAGUGAAAAAAUGGCAGUUUCUUCAGUUAUCUGCCACCUGCUUUAUCCUGAGUGUCAUGGUGUUCUGGGGGCCUGUGAAUUACGACCUGAUGAAUCAUAUGAAGUCCUAUUCUUACAGAUACCUCAUCAAUAGCUAUGACUUUGUGAAUAACUCUCUCUCACUCAAGCACAGCUUGGACGGGGACCCUCGGUACCCAUACUUGAUUAACCAUGAGGACAAGUGUCAGCGGCAAGACGUUCUCCUUUUACUCUUUGUAAAAACGGCUCCAGAAAACUACCAACGCCGAUUAGCCAUCAGAAAAACGUGGGGCAACGAGAAAUACAUUCAAGAACAAUUCAACGCCAACAUCAAAACUCUGUUUGCCUUAGGAGCGCCUGCCAACUCACAGACGAGGGACGAUCUCCAGACGAAGCUGGUUUGGGAAGAUCAGAUCUACCACGACAUCAUCCAGCAAGACUUUGCUGAUACUUUCUACAAUCUCACGGUUAAAUUACUUCUGCAGUUCAGCUGGGCCAACAGCUACUGUCCACACGCCAAAUUCUUUAUGACUGCGGAUGAUGACAUCUUUAUUCACAUGCCAAAUCUGAUCGAAUACCUUCAGAGUUUGGAACAAAUAGGUGUUCAAGACUUUUGGAUAGGCCGAGUUCACCGGGGAGCGCCACCCAUUCGGAACAAAAAAAGCAAGUACUAUGUUUCCUACGAAAUGUACCAGUGGCCCGCCUACCCUGACUACACGGCUGGUGCGGCCUAUGUCAUCUCCAAUGAUGUUACCACCAGAGUCUACGAGGCGUCACAGACACUGAACUCCAGCCUGUACAUUGACGAUGUGUUCAUGGGCCUCUGUGCCAACAAAAUGGGCAUUGUACCACAGAACCACGUGUUUUUCUCCGGGGAAGGAAAGACCCCUUACCAUCCCUGCAUCUACGAGAAAAUGAUGACAUCUCAUGGACACGUCCAAGACCUGCAUGGCCUUUGGAAGGCUGCCACCGACCCUAAAGUCAAAACUGUCUCAAAAGGUUUAUUUGGUAAAAUCUACUGCAGAUUAAUUAAGAUCGCGCUCCUUUGCAGAUUGACCUAUGUGGACACUUACCCUUGUAGCGCCGCCUUUUUAUAACAGUACUUGAAUGUUAAAUGUUUCCACUGUCACUGAGCCAGAAUGGAAUGAAA